AUGUCUGAAGCGAUACAGGAGCCGACAGGUAGCUUCCAAGCUCUGGUCCAGUCACUCAGCGAGAAACUCGGUCCCUGUUCUGGCAUCAAUUCAGACGAUGUCGAUGAGAACGAAUUGCAGCAACUGAUGCAAGGCUACUGCUCGGAUGAGUCGGAAUGGGGAAAAUACUUCUUUCCAGCACCGAACAUGAACUACACACGCAACCUGGUGGACAAGGGUAACGGCAAGAGCAACUUGCUUCUGCUUGUUUGGUCUCCAGGUCGGGCAAGCCCUAUCCACGACCACGCCAACGCCCACUGCAUUAUGAAGAUCCUCAAAGGCAGCCUUAUUGAGACACGCUAUGCGUGGCCAACUAUCGAUCUCAACAACUCAGAGGAUCGCCCACUCCGGACCAUAUCAGAGAAGACAUACAAAGAGAAUGAGGUCACAUACAUGUCCGAUAAGCUUGGUCUCCAUCGCAUCUCGAACCCUGAUUUGAAGGACUAUGCCGUCUCUCUGCAUCUGUAUACGCCUCCCAACGCGGCAGUCUAUGGAUGCAACAUCUUCGACGAGGACACCGGGCAAGCGAAGCACAUUAAGAAGUGCACAGUGUUCUCCGAAUACGGGCGCGAGAAGCGGGAUGAGCAACCUUGAUAGAGUUUUGGUGGAGUGUGUUAUGACAUAUAGAAGUGUUUCAUAUUUUCUAAGUCUUCUCUGCUCUUUCCAUUUCACAUGACGGUGACGAAAACAUAACAAAUCUUCCUGGCGGUAUCUCGACGCUCUUUACAACAUCUGUAUCCUUUCAAUACACGGUAAUCUUACUCUCUUUCUCGGAAAAUUGAUUGCUUCAUGUGCUUGCAUUUCUUCGUUCUUAAUUGACCGCUAUAUAUCCUUGACUGAAGCGCUGAGUUCUGAUACAUUUAUUCAUACUUUGAAUCUAGGUUAUCGGACGACAUGUUGCAGGACGCAUGUUCUCGAAUC